GCUGCGGUUGCCGCAUUCGUCAGUCUGCAGGCGCUGGGAAGGCGUGCGCUGUCUGCUCUCCCGACCUCCACCAUGGCUGCGUCCUCGGCUGCGGAGAAGGAGAAGGAGCGACCGGGAUCGGUCAGCAUCGCCAACGUGCCCGGCAACAGCACGCGGGAGAAGCUGCUGUCUGUGCUGGAGGACCUGGAGGUGCUGUCGAGGGAACUUAUAGAGAAUCUGGCAAUCUCAAGAAGCCAAAAGUUGCUACAACCUGGAGAUGAAAAGCAGAUUAUAGAGUUGUUAAUUCAUAGAGAUGGGGAGUUUCAAGAACUAAUGAAAUUGGCACUUGAACAAGGAAAAGUUCAUCAUGAAAUGCAACUACUAGAAAAAGAAGUAGAGAAGAGAGAUAGUGACAUUCAACAAUUACAGAAACAGCUGAAGGAAGCAGAGCAGAUAUUGGCAACAGCUGUUUAUCAAGCAAAAGAAAAACUCAAAUCCAUAGAUAAAGCAAGAAAAGGUGCCAUCUCUUCUGAAGAAAUAAUUAAGUACGCACAUAGAAUCAGUGCAAGUAAUGCUGUGUGUGCCCCACUAACAUGGGUCCCAGGGGACCCACGGCGACCAUACCCAACUGAUUUAGAAAUGAGAAGCGGAUUGUUGGGUCAGAUGAAUAAUCCAUCCACUAACGGUGUGAAUGGCCAUUUACCAGGGGAUGCACUUGCAGCAGGCAGGUUGCCAGAUGUUCUUGCUCCACAAUACCCAUGGCAGUCAAGUGAUAUGUCAGUUAACAUGUUGCCUCCAAAUCACAGCAAUGACUUUAUGUUGGAGCCACCUGGGCACAAUAAGGAAAAUGAAGAUGAUGUGGAAGUCAUGUCCACAGACUCCUCAAGUAGCAGCAGUGACUCUGAUUAAGAGUCAUGCCAGAGAAAAAUGUACUACAUCUGAUCACAGAAAUACUGAAACAAGCAUGCAGAACCAAAAACCUGUAACAGUUGUCUAUUGUGUAAAUGUUCAGCCUGUUCAGUACCUCCGUGGACUUUGUUUUCAUAAUCAAAAUCAUGAUUUCAGAUCCAGCCCACCAGUACAAAGUAUUUAUUAAAGUGGUUGGUGUGACUUUUAUUAUUGGAGUAUAUUUUUCAGUUUUCUGGAGGAUAUGCCUUAAGAGCUGUCUUUUCCAGGCCUGUUCCAGUUAUAUUGGACUAAUGUAACUGGAUAGGAGGCUGUAGAAAAAUGAAUGACACUUAGGUGUUUUGCUAACAGCUCUACUGUCUCAUAGAUCUGUGAACUUAUUACAUGUUUUAAAGAUAUAACCAAACAUCUCAUUUGAAAGCAAAGUUUACUUACUGUCUUUUGCUUGAAAAUUGUAUUUCAUUACUAUCUCAAGAGUACAGUGAUGAAGUGAGUUUCAUGUGUAAUUAACGUAAAUGUUUUUGUAAAUAAACUCACCAUUGUACAUUUAAAAGUAUAAACAGUACUUUUAAUGGAAGAUGGGAAAUUAUUUCUGGUGGAAUAUAUCUUAUUCUGAAUAUUGAUCAUAAUUUUGCACCAAGAAGGGAGUAUUGGUGCAUUCUAGGCAUGGACAGGUUAGGAGGAGGAAUAAAUAGCUUGUGAAAAAGUAUAGAAACAGGAGAUCAAAUGUAGGAGAAAUAUCUCCUAGGGCCCUGAUCCAUGCAAGUGAGACUAGUUUUUCCUUAGAAGUAUUGAAAAACCAUACUUGGGAUUUCAAUACAUAGACAAGACACCUGGUGGCCUACAUAAAACAAUCAGCAUACUGGGAGUCAGGAGCUUCUUCUUCAGGUUUCUGACUUAAAGACCACCAUGACUAAGCCAAAACGGGGAAGCUGCAGUCAACUGAAUUAAUGCCAUAUGCUUGCUGAAUAUUCUUUCCAUGCUACGGCUAACUAAACUUCCUUUGGUUAAUUGUUAGAUGGUGUAGAGAAUGUCUCAUUUUGUUCCAGUCCCAAACGUGAACCACCAGAUUAGCCUGUCAGACCUGCCCUACAAUAUGAGGAAAAUUAAUAUUAUGCUGUGUUAUUUAACAAUAUUACUCUGUAAUCCAUCUUUUUCCUCAUUUUGUCACACCCCACUUCUGAAAGCAGUUUACCCUGAAGGGAGGGAUUGAGCUAGGCCCUCUUCAGGGGAUAAGUCUCUUAUCCUUGCUUUCUAAUUGAAGUUAGGGGUGACUUGGUCUACAUAGGGGAGACCAAACCAGAGAAUGACCUUGAUUGAGAUGGUUUUUGUUUUUCUGGCCAAGAUUUCUGGAGGCAACUGGGUCUCAUAAAGUAACUAGCAUUCCUUAAAUGUUAGGGAGGGGCCGCAUCUGAAGGCUAGCCCACUUUCCUAUCACCUGAAGAUUAGUCCUGCCCCCCAGUGAUGAAGUAAUAGGGAGGAGCUGAGAACGUAACCCACCUCCUCAUAAAAAUGCCUGCUAAUCUGGAUAGCCUUGCACUUGCCAGGGGAGAUCCCAGUGAUGAUUUGCCAGGCAAAUCAGAAGGAAGAUAUAGUAGGUUUAAAAGGCCUUCACUCUGGAGGCCAACAAAUGGAGGCAGGCCAUGGACCCCUUUAUUACCAGGUUGCAUACCCCUAUUAAUAAAUGAUAUCCUGCUUGGAUAAUUGCUUUAGUUUAUCUUUUUGUUAAAUUUCACUCGAGACAAACAGUUGCCGUAGUCAUUAGGAUUGUAUUGGAUGAGGUUGUGGCAGAAGUGUGAUUCCCCGGGUGGCUUCCAUGAUUCUGGCAGUGUUGCAUACUUCGAGGCAUCCCCAAUUGACCCCAGGAGGCUUAAGGAGCAUUUUGUGGAUAUUCAGCAACUAGACAGAUGUGAAUGUGCCCAGCACCUUUAAGAAUGACAUCCCAGUGUAUGCUGUAAACUCAUUUGUAGAAUUUUCAGUUUUUGUACUUAAAAGUAGUAGUGAUCUCCUGACCCACUGGCUAUGGUAGUUGGGUUCGUCUACUUCUCUGACUUGAAUUUUGGGAUUGUCUAAACUACUUGUGAUUUUUUCAUAUGGCACUUGGGGGGGGGCGGCGCAAUUGUAAAUUGUGCCACAUGGACUUUAUUGGAAUUCUUUGAUGUAAGACUCUAGAGGAGACACUUAAAUGUAGAAGAAAAACUCAUUACUUGUUUGGCACAAAUCAGUCAAAAAUAUUAAAUAAGUCUAAGUAUC